AUGACCUUAGAGGCUACAGUUAUAUGCCUAGACAACUCUGAAUUUUCUAGAAAUGCUGAUUAUGGGACGUCAAGGUUAUUGCAACAACAAGAUGCGGCUAACUUUAUAUCAGGUAUAAAAACUCAACAAAACCCAGAAAAUUUAGUGGGGAUACUAUCAAUGGCAGGAGAUAGAGUUGAAUUAAGGGUUACUCCUACAUCUGAUUUAGGGAAAACUUUGCAGGCUAUGCAUGGAAUAAGAAUAUGUGGAAAGAUUGAUUUAAUUAGAGGUAUACAGAUAGCACAACUAGCCUUAAAGCAUCGUUUAAACAAGAAUUUGAAACAACGAAUUGUGUGCUUUAUUGGAAGUCCAAUAUGUGAUGAAGUUAAUGAGAAGCAAUUAGAGAAGCUAGGAAAGAUUUUGAAGAAAAAUAAUGUGGCUUUAGAUAUUAUAAGCUUCGGGGAAAUAUCUGAGAAUCAUGAUAAAUUACAAACACUGAUAGAUGCUGUGAACAAUAAUGGAACUAGUAAUUUGAUUGAAAUACCUUCACCUACAAGUUUAACAGAUGCUGUAAUGACAUCACCAAUAGUAUUAGGAGAAGGUAUGGAAAUACAAGGUGAUAAUGUCACAUCAGGAGUAGAUGCUUCAGGGUUUGAAUUUGGAAUAGAUCCAAAUGCAGAUCCUGAACUUUAUAUGGCUUUGAGAAUGUCUAUGGAAGAAGAGAAUGCAAGACAAGCUAGAUUGCAAACUAAUAAUAUAGAGAAUACUGGACAAACUAAUGAUGUAGAGUUAAGGAGGCAAGAUCAAGUACCUACAAUAGACGAAAUAAAUGCAAUGGAAGUAGAUGAUGAACUUAGACAAGCAUUGAUAAUGUCUAUUCAAGAUUUUAAGGGUGAAACAAAUAUGGAAGUUAAUAAUCAAGAUGAUGUAACUAUUUCAUCUACAAACACAAACGGGCCUAAUUUUAUUAAUGAGCUAAUUGGAAGUAUUCCUGGUGUAAAUAUUAAUGAUCCUAGGAUCCAAGCUGCCCUUAGAGAAGCAAGUCAACAGCAGAAUACUAAGGAUGAAGAGAAAUCUGAUUCAAAGAAACCUGAUUUAGAGAAGUAA